AUGAAAAGCGGAUCAGAAAGUGUCGAAGUAUUGGACUUGGUUGCCUUGUCGACCAAUGCGUAUAAAAGCCAAGGGAAAAUGUUUCAUCCGAUUAUAGGAAAAGAUUACCGCAUCCAGUGUGCUGAGUGUCAAUCUGUUCUCAUCAAUCGUUCUAAUUUCAAGCGUGUGUUGCCUUUGCCUCGCUCAUCGUGGAGUGAAGCCGCUUCCGACUGGUAUUGCCAUCGACAUGAUGGGGACGCGGACCAUCAACUGGUACCUCGUUCAACCGAUUGCCUGUUUGGAAGUUGUUACCAUGCUCUCACGACGAGUUUGCUCAUUGAAGGGAGCCUGGAAACUGCAGGCAGAGAAUUAUUAUGUUCUAAAUGCCAAGCCUCUGUCGGUCUAAUGGAAGAAGGCCUUAUGAAUGUAUGGUGCCACUCCAUCAAAUGGUUUCUGCUUCAAGAAAAUGAUCAAUGGAAGAUGAUAGAAGACGUAACGACGCCACUGCAAGCUUUUUAUUUCACACUGUACGAUGCAUUAGAAGAAGAAAAAUCAUUUUUUGGUCGGAAGCUAGCCUUUCGAGAUGGUGUAGGAGGCGGUCAGACUCUCCUUUUAUGGUUUGUAGGCGACAACGGAUUCACCCUUGAUUCCAAGGAAUCUGCAUCAGAGAUCGAACUGCGUCAAAGUUCACUCCAUAAAGUAUUGUACAAAUCGGAGAAUUCGACAAGCAAGAAAAUUCCCAACGACGUGAUUGAAUACCAGGUGAGCAGAGAGAUGAUGAAUAGUGCCUUGUCGGUAUUGCGCAAUAGUUCCGAGCAACUUCCCCCUGGAUGUCGAACGGCCGCUGGCUUCUCCAUAGGCUAUCUGUCUCUUUCCUCGUGA